AUGACCACUUCCCUGCAAGGUGGGCAGAGCGCCGCGGGCAGGGCGGCUGCUCGGGACUCGCCGCUGGCCGCCCAGGUGUGCGGCGCUGCCCAGGGGAGGGGUGACGCCCACGACCUGGCGCCGGCCCCCUGGCUGCACUCGCGAGCGCUUCUGCCCCCUCCGGACGGGACCCGCGGCUGUGCGGCGGACAGGAGAAAAAAGAAAGAUCUUGAUGUUCUGGAAAUGCCAUCUAUUCCAAACCCUUUUCCUGAGCUAAGCUGUUCUCCAUUUACAUCUGUGUUGUCAGCAGGCCUGUUUCCCAAAGCAAAUUCAAGGAAAAAACAGGUGAUUAAAGUAUACAGUGAAGAUGAAACCAGCAGGGCCUUAGAGGUACCCAGUGACAUAACUGCCCGAGAUGUUUGCCAGCUGUUGAUCCUGAAGAAUCGUUACAUUGAUGACCACAGCUGGACGCUUUUUGAGCACCUGCCUCACAUAGGUGUCGAAAGAACAAUAGAAGACCAUGAGCUGGUGAUUGAAGUGCUAACUAACUGGGGAAUGGAAGAAGAAAAUAAGCUAUACUUUAGAAAAAAUUAUGCCAAAUAUGAAUUCUUUAAAAACCCAGCGUAUUUUUUUCCAGAACAUAUGGUGUCUUUUGCAACUGAAACGAAUGGUGAAAUAUCUCCCACACAGAUUUUGCAGAUGUUUCUGAGUUCAAGCACAUAUCCUGAAAUCCAUGGCUUCUUACAUGCAAAAGAACAAGGAAAGAAGUCAUGGAAAAAAAUUUACUUCUUUCUAAGAAGAUCUGGUUUAUAUUUUUCUACUAAAGGGACAUCAAAGGAACCACGUCAUUUGCAGUUUUUCAGUGAAUUUGGCAAUAGUGAUAUUUAUGUGUCACUGGCAGGCAAAAAAAAACAUGGAGCGCCGACUAACUAUGGAUUCUGCUUUAAGCCUAACAAAGCAGGAGGGCCCCGAGACCUGAAAAUGCUCUGUGCAGAAGAAGAGCAGAGUAGGACGUGCUGGGUGACCGCGAUUAGAUUGCUUAAGUAUGGCAUGCAGUUGUACCGGAAUUAUAUGCAUCCGUAUCAAGGUAGAAGUGGCUGCAGUUCUCAGAGUAUAUCACCCAUGAGAAGUAUAUCAGAGAAUUCCCUGGUAGCAAUGGACUUCUCAGGCAAGAAAAGCAGAGUUAUAGAAAAUCCCACCGAAGCCCUUUCAGUUGCAGUUGAAGAAGGACUUGCUUGGAGGAAAAAAGGAUGUUUACGGCUGGGCACUCAUGGUAGCCCCACUGCCUCUUCCCAGAGCUCCACCACAAGCAUGGCUAUCCACCAGUCCCAGCCAUGGUUUCAUCAUAAAAUUUCUAGAGAUGAAGCUCAGCGAUUGAUUAUUCAGCAAGGACUUGUGGAUGGAGUUUUCUUGGUACGGGAUAGUCAGAGUAACCCCAAAACUUUCGUACUGUCAAUGAGUCAUGGACAAAAAAUAAAGCACUUUCAAAUUAUACCAGUUGAAGAUGAUGGUGAAAUGUUCCAUACACUGGAUGAUGGUCACACAAGAUUUACAGAUCUAAUCCAGCUAGUGGAGUUCUAUCAACUCAAUAAGGGUGUUCUUCCUUGCAAAUUGAAACAUUAUUGUGCUAGGAUUGCUCUUUAGCCAAACCAGAAGUGACUUGUUAAACUAUUGAUGAAAAAGGACUCAAGGAAAAAAAAAGACCAUAAAUAUGGGUGAAAACAUUACCAUGGGAAAAGAAUGCUUUUCACCAGCAAGUUACAAAAAAUAGUUUGUGCAUUGCAAAUAAGU